ACCUCUUCAAAUAAUAAUGCAUUUUUUACAUCUUUUCUCUCUUAAAAUUUCACCUAAAAGUUCCCCCCCUUCCUCCAAAAUGUUUCACUUAAAUUUUUUACGCUCCAUCUUUCCCCCCAAACCUCUUCCCCUCUCUCAAAAUUUCAGACUCCUCGUUCGUCCCUCUCAAAGCUAUCGUUCUCCUCAUUUGCAGUCGUAGAACCCUAGGCAGACGGAGCGGCGGUUGUGUGGACCAGCAGAAAAGUCGGAGCUCCCAGUCAUAUGUUGGAAUGACAUCAGGAAUGGGCUCAGAACUGAUUUUCAGAGGGCAUGAGGCCUAGCCCGUCGACGACGCCUACUCGCCGUCACUCGCCCGAUUCACUACAUGCUCCGUGAGCAGCCUAUCUGAAUAAGGNUUACAAACAGUCACUCCAAUUCCUUCUGUAAUACUAACUUUCUGUUUUAUUACUUUUCCUUCAUUGUUCGCUAAUACAUGAGGUGGCUAGAUGGUGCCCCUUUUCCCUUAUUUGUUUACAUCUUCCAUAUGUUUAAUUGUUAAUCUACACACCAAUAAAGUUAGUCGNAUACUUGGAAAGGUGGAGAAUAAUGAUAGGUUCUUAAGAAUAGCUUUAUAUCAAGGUGAUCGGAGUAGAAAAAGAGUAAGAAAGAUUCCUUCAGCAGCUGCAAAUGUUAAUGAGAGUAAGGAGCCUUUGACAGAUCCCACUCUCCUGUGUUGUGCCUUUAAAAAGCACAGGAUAUAUUUAUUCAGUCGAAGAGAACCGGAGGAGCCUGAAGAUGCAACUAAAGGAAGAGAUGUGUUCAAUGAAAAACCUCCUGCUGAUGAACUUUUGGCANUUUCAGACAUUGGAAAGUCAGUUACAACGUCACUUCCUGACAAUGUGAAGGUUCUCUAUAUUACCACUUGGCGACGAAAUCAUCUUCACAUGAAUCGGAACAGGGUCAAGAUUAUUGAAACAUGCCUUGUAUCCAUUUUAACGUCAGUGAUUUCGUUUGGCUUGCCACCUCUAAGAAAAUGUANUCNUUGUCCUGAAUCUGAUCCUGCAUCUGGUANUGAAUGUCCUCGACCUCCUGGAAUGUAUUGGAAUUAUGUAAAUAGGCAGAAGUACUUACAGCUCCACCAAGAUUAGUAUAUAACAACUUGAUUUUGAGCAAGCUCGUGAUGCAAAUGAGUCAGAGUCUCCUUUGGGUACAAGACAAUGAUAUGAAGGAAGUAACAUUUAGAAAGUUUAUGAUAUUGUUUUAGGAUAAAACUAUACCUAGUUUAUUAUGAAUUGAGUAACAUUUCUUUCUUUGUAACUACUUCUGUGAUGAGAUUACAUUUUGUAAUGAGAUUACAUUGACUUCUA